AUGCCGCCAACACCUCAUCCCCUCGCAACGGCGCGGCAGAUCGCUCGCCCACCCUCGCGAGCCGACGGUGUGCCUGCACAUCUGGAGGCUGAUCUCCGCACCGUCGGCUGCAUGAUGAUUCAGGAGGCUGGGGUCAUGCUCAAGUUGCCACAGAGCACUCUCGCGACGGCGCAGGUCAUCCUUCAUCGGUUCUUCUACGUCUCGUCGCUCUCGUCGUUUGGGGUCAACGAUCUCUCCGUGUCGUGUCUCUACCUCGCGACCAAGCUCAACGAGACGCCCACCCGCCUCCGUGACAUCAUCAACACGUACAUGUUCCUACAGGCGCGCGUGCGGCACCUCCUCUCCCUUCCCGCCGGCUCCCCUCUCGUCCGCGAUCUCGCACCCGGAUCGAAGGAAGAAGAUAUCUGGGAAGGCUUCUCCUUCUCGGUGCCGAGCUUUCACUCGACUGUCUUCUGGGAGUGGAAGGAGGCGAUCCAGUACAACGAGCUACAGGUGCUCAAGCGCCUUGGGUUCAACAUGCAGGUCGACUUGCCGUACUCGCAUGUGAUCAACUACCUCAAGAUCCUCGAUCUUGUGUUCGACGACGGCGUCGCGCAGCUAUGUUGGUCAAUCUUGAACGAUGCCCUCCUCACACCCCUCUACGCCCAACACCCGACCCACGUCCUCGCUGUCGCAAGCAUCACCCUGGCUACUCGCUUGCGCCACCUUGCCCUCCCAGAAGGGUGGUACCUCCUCUUCGACGUGAUAUGGGACGACGUCGCUCCAGUCUGCGCAACCAUCGUACAAUUAUGGCGCGACUGGGGCUGUGGGCCGCAGGAGUUCGACCAGGCCUCAGAAGGGCGAGACGGCAAGAGGGCACGGGAGGACCGAUGGCGCCGCGCAUGGGUUUUGGCUGAGAGCCGCAAGGCCGUGCGCAAGUGGGUCGAGGAGGCAAGGAGCUAG